AUGAAGCUUCUCAACAUCUCCACCCCGCUCUCUCUCAUCUCGCUUUUCUCCACGACAGAGCAGAAGCCUUUACAAAAGCGAACUAACCCACUAGAAGAUGGAGCCUUCAAAGCUCUAGCAAACGAUCAAAUAAAUCGCUGGCACGUCCCUGGCAUCGCAAUAUCAAUCGUCGACGGCAAUGAUACCUGGGCACAAGGCUACGGAAUCUCCCAAUUCCCAUCCACUCCAGUCACACCCGAAACACUCUUCUUCGGCGGCAGCACUACCAAGGCAUUCACAGCCGCUGCAUUGGCGCGGUUGAUAGCUAGUGGUAACCACACGGGCUUAUCCUGGAAAACGCCCGUUGGGGAGUUGAUUCGAGAUGAUUUUGUGCUGGAGGAUGUGGUGAGGACGGGGUUGGUUACGGUUGAGGAUGUGCUUUCGCAUCGCACGGGGAUGCCGAGACAUGAUAUCUCAUAUGGCGGUAGUGACCCGAAAACUUCUAAGUCGUAUACGCCGAGAGAUCUUGUUAGGAAUCUGAGGUAUUUACCGCUUACGGCGGGACUGAGAGAGAGAUUUCAGUAUUGCAAUAUGAUGUAUGUGGUUGCUAGUUAUGUUGUUGAGACGUUGAGUGGAGUAUGGCUGGGUGAUUUCUUGAAGAGGGAGAUUUGGGGGAAGCUGGGGAUGAAUGCAACGUACUUCUCGAACGAAGACGCUCUCGCUGCACCUGAGCCUCUAGCAAAAGGUUAUGUUUACACGAACUCUACAUAUGUUGAAGUUCCAUAUAUGGAUCUGACCUCCGUCUCCGGCGCCGGUUCCAUAAUCUCCAACGUCCUCGACUACUCCAAAUGGGUUCGCUCCCUCCUCACACUCACGGGCCCUCUCUCCCCAUCCUCAAUUCGCGAACUCCUCACACCCCGAACCAUCGUUCUAGAGAAAGAACCCUGGCUGAAAGGUCCGAAAGCUUACGCUUUGGGGUGGAUCAAUGGGAAUUAUAGGGGUUACGAGUAUUUUGAACAUUCGGGCGGGAUGGAGGCUUUUGGUGCGCAAGUUAUUUUCUUCCCAGAUCUGAAUUACGGGAUCACCGCGUUUGGCAAUACAGGCGUGACGUCUAAUUACGCGGAAUUGUCGUUGAUAUGGCGUCUCAUUGACGAUAAACUGAAUGUCCCAGCUUCUGAGCGCUUUGAUUGGGAUGAGUUUAACACAGCUCAACUCAAAUACAUCGAACAAAUAUACGACAACGCACAAUCCAUCUACUACCCAAACAUCCCCUCCCCACCACUCCCGCUCUCCCGUCCCCUUUCAAACUACACAGGAACGUAUUUCCAUCCCGCUUAUCACAAUAUAACACUCACACUCAAUAACACCUCGUCCGUAGAGCAGUUGUAUGCGUUACGGGAAGCAACUUGGGUCGUAUACUUCACGCUCAAACACAUCAGCGGGGAUUACUUCAUAGCCUACGUCGAAUCAACGAAGUCUCCAGGAUUGAUAUUCAGACAAGCUGUACCAGCGGAGUUCAAGAUCAGCGCUGAUGGAGUUGUAGAUAGGUUUGGGAUAGCAGCUGAGCCGGAGAUGGGGAUUGAUGGGAGGAUUUGGUUUGAUCGAAUCGCGUGA